AUCUCAGCCAGAUGUUUGCAAGGCUCGUAAGCCCUCCACGGCAGGACGAAAGCCAACAUGAUUCCUGGUGCUGACCUUCUCUUGUUUAGCAACUGGGCAUCCAUCUAGGUCCAGAUCAAAACCAGUCGUGGUGAAAGAUUCGGGGCAGAGCGAAAGUCAACCACAGAGCCUACCACUGCCUCCAGAGGAGCCAAAUGGACAAGAAGCCUUCGCCCAAGAAAGCUCGAGGUUUCUGUUCGUUACGCUAUGGACUGGCUCUCAUCAUGCACUUCUCAAACUUCACCAUGAUAACCCAGCGUGUGAGUCUGAGCAUUGCGAUCAUUGCCAUGGUGAACAGCUCUCAGCCGCAUGGUCUAUCCAACGCCUCCGCAGAAGGACCUCUGGCAGAAACCCUCAGCAACCCCAGCACAUCCAUCAAGGAAUUUAACACAGGGGCCUCUGUAUAUGAAUGGAGCCCAGAGACUCAGGGUAUCAUCUUUAGCUCCAUCAGCUAUGGGAUAGUAGUGACUCUGAUCCCAAGUGGAUAUUUGGCAGGGAUAUUUGGAGCAAAACAGAUGCUUGGUGCUGGUUUGCUGAUCUCCUCCCUCCUCACCCUCUUUACACCGCUGGCUGCUGACUUCGGAGUGAUUUUGGUUAUCGUGAUUCGGAUGAUCCAGGGCAUGGCCCAGGGCAUGGCCUGGACAGGUCAGUUUACCAUCUGGGCAAAGUGGGCUCCCCCACUCGAACGAAGCAAACUCACCAGCAUUGCGGGGUCAGGGGCAGCGUUUGGGUCCUUCAUCAUCCUCUGCGUGGGGGGACUAAUCUCCCAGGCCUUGGGCUGGCCGUUUAUCUUCUACAUCUUUGGUAGCAUUGGCUGCGUCUGCUGUCUCCUGUGGUUCACAGUGAUUUAUGAUGACCCCACGCGUCACCCAUGCAUCAGCGUCCGGGAAAAGGAACACAUCGUGGCCUCGCUGGCUCACCAGUCCAGUUCUCCUAGACGAUCUGUCCCCGUAAAGGCUAUGGCCAGAUGCCGACCGCUUUGGGCCAUUUUCGCGGGGUUUUUCAGCCAUUUCUGGUUAUGCACCAUAAUCAUAACAUACCUCCCGACCUACAUCAGCUCCGUGCUCCACGUUAACAUCAGAGAUAGCGGGGUUCUGUCAUCCCUGCCCUUCAUCGCUGCUUCAAGCUGCACGAUUCUAGGAGGCCAGCUGGCAGACUUCCUUCUGUCCAGGAAUCUUCUCAGACUAAUCACUGUCCGAAAACUCUUUUCAUCCCUAGGGCUCCUCCUUCCGUCUCUGUGUGCCGUGGCCCUGCCCUUCGUGGCUUCCAGUUACGUGACAACCAUUAUUUUGCUGAUACUCAUUCCCGGGACCAGCAAUCUGUGCGACUCGGGGUUCAUCAUCAACACCUUAGAUGUCGCCCCCAGGUACGCAAGUUUCCUCAUGGGAAUCUCCAGGGGCUUCGGGCUCAUCGCAGGGAUCAUCUCUUCCACAGCCACCGGAUUCCUCAUCAGCCAGGAUUCUGUGUCUGGAUGGAGGAAUGUCUUUUUCCUAUCUGCGGCUGUCAACAUGUUUGGCAUGUUUUUUUACAUCACAUUUGGACAAGCAGAAAUCCAGGACUGGGCCAAAGAGAAGACCAUCACCCGCCUCUGAGGAUAGCGAGUUGCACACUUACGAUGCUGACCAUUAACUUCGCGACACGUUUUCCGUAUUGUCCUUCUUCCUUCAUAUUCUUGGCCAUAGCCUCAGCGUUUCUCCUCUGGCUUCCUGUUGGGUCUCCCUGGGGAGUUUCUAAAACACACGGUGGAGGGGUCCACCCGCAGAGACACUGAAUGAACUGGUCUGUGGGGGAGCCCAGGGGCUCCUGGUUGUUAGACACGCUGCAGGGUUUCUAACAUGCAGCCAGGGUUGACAAUUGCUGGACACACUUGAAACGGCAAUCCCUGUUGCCUUUGAAGCUUCCUCUUUGGGAAAUACUGGAUGAAUAAAAAUCUGUGUGAAAAUAGGCACUGAUAAGUACCUUCGUGGGGGUGAUUAUGGACACAGAGAAGACCGGCUAGCAGCGAUGGCCAUGUGUUAUAGAGCAUGGGACAGAAAUUUCAGGCUGUAAUCCACAGAAUUAACUUUUUUAUGGUUUGUAUACAUUGUACGAAACAGGGGUGUUUAUUUAUGUGGUUAAAUUCUAUUAAAAUUCACAUGCUAAAAUUGAA